AUGGGGAAGAAAUCGGAAGACGAGCUUAGUGAAACUUUCGAUCGAUGUCUGGCAGAUACAGCAGUGAAGAUUGUAAGUGCUGGGAGUGUUGGUUUAAUAGCUGCUGCAAUAUUUAAAAGGCAGUUUCCACUUUGGUUAGGUAUUGGCAUGGGUUUCGGUAUGGGUAUUGCUAACUGCCGUCACGAUAUGAGAAAGUCAUUCGGGCACUCUGAACAAGAUUCGGAACAGAAAUCGAGUCUUAGAAUAAUCGAAGAAUCUGGAAAUGUCGAAAUUCAGCCUCAAUAA